AUGGUUUUUUCGCCACUCCUCAAGAUCAAGAAGGAAAGUGAUUUUCACUGGGGGCAAGAGCAGCAGGAGGCUUUCGACGCCAUCAAAGGAUACCUUACAAAGCCUCCCAUUUUGUUACCUCCUAGUAGGAAAAAGCAUAUGAGUUUGUAUAUUGCUGCGUCGGAUACGACCAUAGGGAUUAUGUUAGCUCAAGAGGAUGUCAGUGGUGUCGAAAGACCCAUAUAUUACCUCAUUCGAGUUUUGAUAGAUGCUAAAACUAGUCGAAUUGGGAAAUGGGCGCUAGCAUUAACGGAAUUUUCGUUAACAUAUAAGCCUUUGAGGGCUAUGAAGGGCCAGAUAGUGGAAAAUUUUAUUGUGGAUCAUGAUGUAGUUGAACCUUCACUAAACAUGGUUGACACGAACCCUUACCGGUUAUAUUUCGAUGGGUCAAGCCAUAAAAAUGGAACAGAAGUUGAGGUCUUAAUAUUAUCCCCACAAGACAUUUCGACGAAGUUCAAAUGUAAAAUCGAUGGAAAAUGUUCCAAUAACGAAGCAGACUACGAAGCCCUAAUAAUUGGUCUCAAAAUCCUAAGAGAUUUAGGGCCCAAGAAAGUAGAAAUAAAGGGAGAUUCAGAACUAGUGGUCAGACAAAUCACACGAGAAUACAAGUGCAUUAAAGAAAAUUUGCUGAUGUAUUUUGCAAUGGCGACACAACUAUUGGAAUGCUUCGAGGUUGUCAGCAUUACGCAUGUGCCAAGAAUGGAGAAUCAAGAAGCCAACGAGUCAGCACAAAUCGCCUCUGGGUACAAGGUAUCAAAAGAAAAGCUCAAGGAUUUUAUUGAAAUAAAGGAAAAGAUGGCGUCGAACGUCUCGCUGUCACCUAAUAUGGAAAUCCCAAAAACCGGGGGGCACAAUUCAACAAUAAUGAAUGUCUUGAAAAUUUUGAAGUUUUUGCAAGGCACGAAGUAUUUUCCAUUGACAAUUUGUCGCAAUCAGAUUGGGGGAAACCGAUUAUAA